GUUCAGUACGAGAAAGGUCUUUGAGAUGGGCACAGUUUUUAUUGUGGUUGGCGUUCCACUAAUCCUGGGAUUGCAGGGCGCGGCACGUAGCCUCCCUACAUUUUCAGUCAUCCCCUCACCAGCAACUGGAAUAGGUGUUGUUGACUCAUCGACAGACGCAGAAAUCUCAAAACAGUCAGCUAAAAAUACCAGUGCAGUAUCAGGUGGGCAUCAUUGCCAAUCUGCAUGGCAAAAGUUCCUGAUCGAUUUUAAUGUACACUACGAGAACGAUUUCGAGCGACAGAAGCGAGGGAACAUCUUCUGCAAAAAUUGGAAAAAUAUUCACAAUGUGCAAUACGAAUCAGGACUCGAGAGUUUUAAGAAGGGUAUAAACCAGUGGAGUGAUCUUACCAUUGAAGAGUGGAAGGAGAAGCAACAGCCCGGGAUCAAAUCGAACAUUUCCCAGACUGAAAUCAACACAAAAGCCACUGAGGAUGUGAGAGAUAACAUUAGUUGUCGGGCUGCCUGGCACCAGUUUCUGAUUGAAUUCGGAGCGAAACAUUACGAUGCUGCCGAAACCGAGAAACGCCGAGAUAUCUUUUGCGACAACUGGAAAGCGGUUCAGGGGCACAACUUGCAAUACGAAUUGGGUAUCCAAUCCUUUAGGAAGGGUAUAAAUCAGUACAGUGAUCUUACUACUGAAGAGUGGAAAAACAAACAGCGUCCUAGUCUUGCUCCAGAGUUUUCUAAGAACCCCUUCGCAACUGAUACGUCCAAUACUAACAUUAAAUGCCAGUAUGCCUGGGAAAAGUUCUUGAUUGACUUCGGGGCUAUAUAUCAGGAUGCCGCUGAAACAGAGGCACGCCAAAAAAUCUUUUGUGACAACUGGAAAGCGAUUCAGAAUCACAAUGUCCAAUACGAAUUGGGGGUCGUGUCCUUUAAGAAGGGUGUAAAUCAGUGGAGUGACCUUACCUUUGAAGAGUGGAAAAACAAACAGCGACCUAGUCUUGCUCUACAAUUUUCCGAGUAAAAGAAAGUACACAAAAUCUGGAUAAGGAGCCCUGGAAGAAGUUUAUGUUAACUUAUGUUAGAAUGGGUUCAUGAAUUUAAAUUAUAUUUUAAUUUAUAUGCAUGUACACAGAGAGAAAAAACCAUGAACGUUGUGCUUGAAUUAAGAACAUUCGUUCUUAAAAACCGUGUAAGCACAAAUGUUCUUAUUUUGAGCUGAUUUUGGCUUUAAUUCAAAAAUAUAUUUGAAUCAAUAUGGUAA